AUGAAUGAUAAUAAAGACAGAGUGUUCUCAAAAGAUGAACAAACACGUAUUUAUAAAAUACUUCUUUUAACAUACUGUAAUAAAAUAGCUACCUACCAGAAUGAAAUAAAAAAUAUUUCUCUUAAUAAUAUAAUAUCUUCAUUAAAUGAAGGUUCUGAAAAUGAGCAUAUGUUAAAUGAUCAUGUGAAAUCUCAACAUUCUUUUAUUGAUACAUUAGUAAAAUCAAAUGAAAAUCACGAUUUCUUGAAUAGUGUUAAUAAAUUAAUACAAGAAGAAGUAAAAAAGAAAAAUGAUAAGAAAGAUGAUGCUAUGCAUAAUAUAGGAAAUACAAAUGAACAUACUACUACUACUACUAAUAAUAAUAAUAAUAAUAAUAAUAUUGGUACUAAUGUAGGACAAGGAAUUAAUAAUAAUAUAACAAAUAAUAAUAAUCAAAGAAAUCAACGAAGUAUUUUUAAUAAUUAUAUUCUAGAACUUAUGGAAAGAUCACAUAUGUUUUUAUUAAUUAAAAUAUUUUUUGUUUUGUUUUUAUUUGAAGUUAAUAUAAAGAUGUAUUUUAUUGUCUCUGGAAUGUUCAUAUUAUAUAAUAGAGGAUUCUUUGAUUUAAUAAUUAAUAAUUUAAAUUUUGUAUCUAGUAAUGAUUCAAUAGAACAAGUACUAAGAAGAAUGAGCGAAUCAAGGAAUCUCAAUAAUAGUAUAAGCCUUAAUGAAAAUAUCAACCAAUUUGUAGAAGCUAAUAUACAAAAUGGUGAACAAAAUGGUAUAUCAAAUGAUAUCACAAGUGAUCAACAAAAUAAUAUUGAUGAUAGUUUUAUAACAGGUGACGAUAAAAUAACAGAUAGUGGUGAAUAUGUUGAUUUAAAAAAAAUAUCUGAUGAAAUCGAUAAUCAGAACAUUUUAGAUUAUAUAAAUAAUAUAGAUGAUAUAAAUAAAAAUUUGAAUUAUUAUAAUAAAGAUAUAUGUGUAGAUAACAAAUUAAAUGAUGAAAAAGAUUUAUUAGAAUUUUUAAAUAUUAAAAGUAGUGACCAGGAACAGGAUUCCCCUUUGGAUGAAAUAUUAAAUGAACCAAACGUUCAACAUGAUAUAACAAACAAUAUAAAAAAUUUGAAAAAUAUAGAAAAUGCAAGUAAUGAAAAUGAAAAAAGUAAUGAUAAUAAUAAUAAUAUUGAUGUAUAUAAUGAUAAUAAUGAUAAUAAUAAUAAUAAUGAUAAUAAUAAUAAUAAUAAUAAUGAUAAUAUUAAUAGUGUUAAUGAUAUUGUUAAAAAAAGAUUCCUUCUAUUUAAAAAGAAAAAAGCAGAAAAAGCAACGGAAUCUGAAUUGGACAGUUCAAAAAAAAAAAUUCCUGACGAUGAUGAAUUUAAUUGUCUUAACAACAAAACACAUGAAACUAUAAAUGACCCUAAUAAUAGUUAUAAUAAAGAGGAAGAAAAAAAUGAAUAUCUUGAAAAAGAUACAAAUGAAUAUUUUAAUAAUACAGAUGAAAAUGUACUUCAUAAUGCAAAAAAUGGUAUAAACUCAAAUUUAAGAAAAAGAAAAAAUAAUAAUGUAAAUGAUAGCUCAACAACAUUUAAUCACAUUUUAAAUAAUAGUAUUAGUGAAUUUAUAAACUCAGAUGAUGAAAUGGCUGCACAUUUAUCUAACACCAAUGAAAACAAUACAACUAAUACUGUGCCAAAAAAAGAACAAAAUGGAACAGAAACAAAACAAAAUGAUAAAGAAAAUAAUACAAACAAUAAUACUAGAAGAAAACCAACCAAAUUAGAAAAAUAUAUUUAUCAGUCAGUUGUCAUGUUUUUUAUGACUCUUUUACCUUGGUGGGUACCAGAUGUUGCAUAUUUGGAGGAGUAA